UCACUUCCCUGGUGAAUCCCAGUGUUCUCUCCUAAAUGAUCUGUUCAAAUUAUGAGACUCUGCUUACUAAUCUCGUUCCUCUCCAGGGGGAGGCACAUACUACCUGUGUCUAUUUGGCCAUUUUGACCUUAUCUCCUGCCCAGGUUUUUCAGUGAUUCUAUGGUAAGGUUCUAGCUGAUAUAACAAUUGCUGUAAGAGGUAUCUUGCCAACACCAUUGUGAGCCCACAGACAGAGCCACCAACCUUCCACUAUGCCAUUUUAUAUAAAAGACUUAAGCAUCCAUGGAUUUUGGUAUGAGAGGAGAGUCCUGGAACCACACCCCAUACUGAGGGACAGCAGCAUUCAAAGGAAGGCAAGUCAAAGGUUUCGCGUGAGUCAAGAUGGAGACUGGAAAGUAAUUGUGAUCACUGGGGAUCUUGAAAAUGCUGGCACCACAGCAACAGUGUCCCUUUAUGUCUAUGGAGAAACAGGAUGUUCAGGUCCAAUUAUUUUGGGAUCUGGGAAACACCAGCUGUUUAGCCCCAACAGUGCAGAUAUAUUCAAGAUUAAUCUUAAGGAUAUUGGUGAAAUCUAUAAAAUACGCAUUGGACAUGACAAUAGCGGAAAGGAUCCUGGGUGGUAUCUGGAAGAAGUUAGACUUGAAAAUAUAGCCACACAUGAGCUGCUUUGUUUAACUGUUGAUUCCUGGAUAGCUGAGACUGAACAUGAUGGAGAUUUAUGGAAAGAAAUGCCCAUUGUGAGAACUAAGAAAGCACCUUUACCAGUGGUGGUGUAUGAGAUUCACAUACACACUGGCACAAAGCCAUGUGCAGAAACAGAGUCCAACGUAUUUAUCAAUCUCAUCGGCUCCAGAGGAGAUACUGGGAAACGAAGGCUUCAUCAAGCCCAAAACAACAAAGUCAAGUUUCAGCGUGGACAGGUUGAUAUUUUUUCCAUAAAAGCUGUGUCUCUUGGAAAAUUGAAGAAAGUUCUAAUUAGUCAUGAUGGGACAGGUCCAGGUAAUGGAUGGUAUCUUGAGAGUAUUGUUGUUAAGUCUGAAGGGGAAGAUAGCAGUCAAGAGGUGCUGUUUCCAUGCAACAGAUGGUUAGACGAGUACCGAGAUGAUGGAAAGACUGAGUGUGAACUGCUACCAGAAGGCAGCCACAGUGCAGGAAAAACUGGAUCAGUCACCUCCUGAAAGGGCCCACUUGGGGCCCUUGCUCCACUAUGCUUCAAAAGUCUGAUCGUGAUGGUGCGUCUGCCCUUUGCUUGGACUGGAGCAAAUGCCCGGAGAGGGUCAGUUUGUGCUGGGCACAUUCAGUGCUUUUGAGAACUUCCAGUGUUGGGAGAAUGCACUGGCAGCAUCGGCCAACAACUGGCCAAGGUCGUCCUACAAUACCUGGGGUGCACAUACUGCUGCUCCCUUCGCCCCUCCUUGAACUCCUCCUCUUUCUCUUUUUCCUCUUCAUCCUCCCCCUCUUGCUCCCUCUCCUCUAACUUCUCCUUUUUCUUUCAGAAAAUCUCAACAACUACUAUGUUUACUAAAACAUUUAAAUAGGUAGCCUUUGUAGAAAGUAACUGAAAAGGUGCCCAAUAACAUUUGAUUAAUGCAAAAUACUUUUAUGCAACAUACGUUAAAGUGGAAGUCUUAUUCUCAGAAAACGAUAUGUCUUUCUCAGUAUGACCAUAAUAGCAAUAAGAAAAUGUAGAAAGAACCGAACCAGUUGGAUUACCUUGUGUUCCCAUCGCACUUCCUGCAGGUCCUUGUGUGCCUGCUGGGGUCUUCUGCAGCCGGUCACGGGGCUGCAGGUGGACAGCAACAGAGUGUGAGGCAGGGAAUGCAUGUCCAGGCAGAUGUCUUACAUCCCUUAAUCGCUUUUCCCCCUCGAAUACUUGUCAACCCAGUGGCACAGGCAGCUUCUGCCAGUCCUUCAAAUUACACACGACAUAAAACCC